UGCGAAUUUUUUUUUGGCCAGCAGCGCAGAAAAAGCAGCUGAAAGCUGGAAAAGACAGCAUAAAUCGCCGUGUCGAUUCGAGACGAUUGAAACGCCGCGCGCCCGCCUUUUGCAGUGGACUGUCAACCGUUUGCCGUUUUUCAUUUUUGGCCACCGAGCACGGAAUAUGAGUGAUACGCGUGAGCAGAUUCUGGAGCAAAUCAAAGUGCAAGGCGAUCUCGUCCGUCAAUUGAAAGCAGCGAAGGAGUCGAAGGAGAAGACGGCGCCCUCUGGCGGCGGACGCGUCAGCUCGUCCGGCGCUCCAGCCCAACGACAACAACAACAACAGCCACAAAAACAACAACAAGCACAAGAACAACAACAACAUGAGCAACUGCAUCAGAUCGAUGAGGAGGUCGCCCGCCUACUGGCCCUAAAGGCCACUCUCGGCGGAGAUGCAGCGCCCACCAAUCAGAAGUUCACGCUGAAGACGCCCAAAGGCACCCGGGACUAUGGUCCUCAGCAGAUGACCCUGCGCCAGGGCGUUCUGGACAAGAUCGUCCAGGUGUUCAAGCGCCACGGCGGCGAAGCCAUCGAUACGCCCGUCUUCGAGCUGAAGGAAGUGCUGACGGGCAAGUACGGCGAGGACUCAAAGCUGAUCUACGACUUGAAGGACCAGGGCGGUGAGAUCCUAUCGAUGAGGUAUGACUUGACCGUGCCGCUGGCUCGUUACCUGGCGAUGAACAAGAUCUCGAGCAUCAAGCGCUACCACAUCGCCAAGGUCUACCGACGCGACAAUCCGGCGAUGACCAAGGGUCGCUAUCGGGAGUUCUACCAGUGCGACUUCGACAUUGCCGGCACCUACGAUCCCAUGCUGCCGGAUGCCGAGUGCGUCAAGAUUGUGUCGGAGAUACUGGACACGCUGGACAUUGGAGACUAUGUGAUAAAGCUAAAUCACCGCCAGCUUUUGGACGGCAUGUUCCAGGCGUGCGGAGUGCCGGCGGAUAGCUUCCGCACCAUCUGCUCUGCGGUGGAUAAGUUAGACAAGUCGCCCUGGGCGGAUGUGCGCAAGGAGAUGGUGGACGAGAAGGGCUUGGACGAGGCCGCAGCGGAUCGAAUUGGCGAGUACGUGCGACUGAGCGGCGGUGCCGAGCUGGUGGAGCAGCUGCUGGCCGACGAGAAGCUCAAGGCUGUGCCGAAUGCAGUGAAGGGUCUGGAAGGCAUGAAGCAGCUCCUCAAGUACUGUUCCAUAUUCGGUCUGGAUAAGCGCGUUAGCUUCGAUUUGAGUCUGGCCCGUGGCCUGGACUACUACACCGGUGUUAUCUACGAAGGUGUGCUCAAGGGAGAGUCCGCCACCGUGGCAUCUCCGGCAAAGACAUCACAACAAAACGGAGAGCAGGCGAACGAGCCGGCCACCGUGGGAUCCGUGGCUGGAGGCGGUCGCUACGACAACCUGGUGGGCAUGUUCGAUCCGCGCGGCAAGGCUGUGCCCUGCGUGGGCGUGUCCAUUGGCGUGGAGCGCAUCUUCUCGGUCCUGGAGGCGCGUGCGGCUGCGAGCGGUCUGAAGUUGCGCACCAGCGACGUGGAGGUUUACGUGGCCUCCGCUCACAAGGGUCUCCACGAGCAGCGUCUGAAGGUUCUGAACCUGCUGUGGGACGCGGGCGUGAAGGCGGAGCACUCUUACAAACUGAACCCUAAGCUGCUAGUACAGCUGCAGCACUGCGAGGAGCACCAGAUUCCUCUGGUGGUGGUCCUCGGCGACGCAGAGCUGGCGCAGGGAUUGGUCAAGCUGCGUGAGGUGACCACGCGCGAGGAGACCAACGUAAAGCUGGAGGAUCUGGCCGCCGAGAUCCGGCGACGGCAGCAGUCCUCCGCCUAGGCUCUUUUCACGACACUGAUAUUAGCGACACUUAAACGCUCCCGCUCCUAAUUUAUGAACCAUCCAGCAUCGAAGUAUAUGAUUUUUUUUUCCUAUUUGUACGUUUUGUAUUCUUGGUGUCCUGGCCGGAGGCGCCGCGUGCUACUAUGCUUAGGUCUACAGUGUAACCAUAGGAAUAAGUGCGGACAACUUAUACCAAAAUGAACACUAAAAAGAAACAAAUAAACGCAGAAGCGACUCGCAUUUAAGCCGGAA